ACAGCUACUCGUAAAUUGUAAGUAUUCGAUUUUUUAGACUCGAAGUCGCUUCAUUUCGAAACAACCAGCUACGUUGUCGAGUUGAAAAAUGGAUAAUUCAAAGUCGAGUUGUCUUUGUUUAAUAUUUUUCAUUUCCUUCUUCACUUCUGGUCAAAAUCAACCUUUGGACGAUGGUUCGAAUCGAAACAACGCCGAUUGUAAAUUGAGCAAGAUCAGAUGCGACACUGACGUAAAACUUCACCAAUUAGAAUACAUUUGGACUAUAAACCGUUUAGAUUUUCACGAAGCGAAUGAAAAAGGCCGAAUGUACGAAUUACUCUCACCCAUAUUCUCAUCCCGUACAAGCGAUCGGAUCAGGUGGUAUUUGAAACUAUAUUCGAAGAACUCGGCAGACGACGACGAAGAUAGCGAUCUCAGCUUGACCGUACAUUUAUGGCGAGAAAGCCAACCAGCCAAAGUACUCGCGAAAACAUCGAUCGUAGUUUUGGAUAAAGAUCAGAAUGAAAUAUGGUCGAACAACGGCUCGGUACAUCAAUACUCUGUGGCAACCCCUUGGGGAGGAAAGAUCCCCAAGAGUAAAUUCUUCUCACACGAUAAACUAACCAUUGGCUUGAAUAUAACAUUCCGCGAAGAAACCAAGAACGAUAUUAUCCAUAAUGUUCAAUCCGCUCCCAUCAGCGAUUCGGUUCCGGAUUCUGGUCUUUUGGAGAGUUUGGCAUUAUUAUUUGAAAAUCGAGAUAACGCCGACGUCGUAAUUUUAGUCAACGGUAAAGAAUUCCCUGCUCAUAGAGCCAUCUUAGCUGCUCGUAGUUCGGUUUUCGCUACUGUGUUUAAAGGCAGGACGGAUAAGGGUAAAAAAAUUAAACAACUCAAUAUCACGGACGAAGCCCUCAAUGAAAAUGUCGUCCGCGAAAUGCUUCGUUACAUUUAUACCGGAAAGUGCGAAGAUUUAGACACGCUAGCCGAAGGUUUACUAGUAGCUGCUCGUAAAUACGAAUUGAACGGAUUGAAGAAGAUUUGCAGCGAAGCUUUGGGCAAGAAUCUGGAUAUUGAAAACGCGGCAAAAACCCUUAUAUUGGCAGAUCAGAAUGAGGAAAGUGGAUUGAAGUCUCAAGCUAUUCGCUUUAUCGCCGGUAAAUAUAAUCAGGUGUCGAAUACCACAGAUUGGAAACGUAUUGUCGGUACAAAUCCUGAAUAUUAUCACGAAGUGUGCCAAGUUUUGUCCAACAGUAAUAAUUAAGGUGAGGACAAAAUGGCACUGAAGUAUUUCUCUUUAUUAUUUGAUAAGUUUUCUUCCUAUUUUGAUAAUAAUUUGUAUUUUUUUAUGCUGAGUCAGCACUACUAUUAUUUUAAGAAUAUUUCAAUUACAUAUAAGUCUUUAUAUUAAUCCUUGGAAUUUGAAAUAAAAAAUUCUACCGAAUAAAA